UAUGAGGUGCGGAGUAGUGUUUUGGUGGACGGCGGGGAUAGAUUUGGAGUGUCUGCUGUGGUGUUUGAUAAACAUGAAGAAUUGAUAUGGAUGGGAAACCAAGGUGGUCAUGUUACAUCAUAUUAUGGUCCCAGUAUGCAGAAAUAUACAUCUUUUCAAAUUCACGAUUCAGAAGAAGUUAGGGACAUAGUAACAGAUGAAAUAGGUAUUUAUGCAUUGACGAAAACAACUCUCCGUCAUCAAAUACGUAGAGGAAUACCGAAACAUACGUACAGAUCAACAAAUAUGACCGAUAUGCAAUGUUUGUUACAAGUCAAUCCAACAAAACUUAUGAUGGGAGGUCAUCAAAAUAAAUUAUUGGAGUUUGAUGUAACAAAAAUGACAGAAACUGUUAUACCAAUAAAAGAAGAUGGUUGUGUAGUGAUGCGUAGUGGUGGUGCUACUCUUUUGGCGUGUGGCAGCGCAAACGGGCAAGUGUCACUUCGUGAUCUCAGGACUCCGAAUGCAGCCGAACACACUUUCAGAGCUCAUGCUAAUUCUUUGUCUGAUAUGGAUAUGCAAGGAGACCUGCUUAUAUCAUGUGGAUUCACACAAUCAGCCGGGGGUGUGGCAGUAGCUGAGCCUUACGUAGUAGUAUGGGACUUACGUUGCCUCAAGGGUACAUCUACAGUUGACCGAGCAAGGUCCAUACAUACAGCUGCUGCACCACUGUUGCUACAUUUCCUGCCUGCCUUCUCUGGCCGUGCGGUGGCACAGUCAGGGGAUGGACAUGUCGCGUUGCUGCAUGUUAAUGCCCCGCAGGAGAAGCAGUCUGUCUUCCAGGUGGACACUCAAAGCUCUAUGAGUGUAACGGAUGUGUCAGCAACGAGCCAGGCUUUAGUGUUUGGUGAUCAAGGAGGUCAUCUGCAUCUGUUCUCACCGCGACAAAACAACGAACCAGUCUUCAAUAACUUCUCUAGAGAAACGGAGUUCGCAGAUCAAUUACCAACUUUGCCAACGGCUAGUUUGAAAGACAAGAACUUCAAGUUUUCGUCUGUCAAAUUACCAGAACUGACGAAUGGUAAAUGGUGUAACGAAUUACCACCGGAAUUUUUUAAAAAAGCUUACAGAAAACCGAAACCGAUUGAUCCCGAAUUACUUUCUACAAUGAAGAUGAAAGGACCCAUUGGUUAUGCUCCCAAUCCGAAGACAACGAGAAGGAAUCAGAUGCCUUAUAUAUCAGAUACUUUGGAAGAUUUAAGUGUUGUUAAACAAUAUGAAAAUAAAUGCAGCACAUUGCCUAUUCCUGAACAUUAUCAGAAGUUGGAUCUCCAUUAUAAUAAACAUGGAUCGAACGAGGAAUUGGAAAAUUAUAAUAAAACUAAACUACCUGGUUUGGAGGCUACAAUACCUAAUUCAUAUUGUAAUCCAAUGCUGCAGGUAAUUUAUAUCUUACUAAUAUUAUAA